AUGAACCUCACACUCUCAUUCAAGGGCAAAAGUACGCCUCUGACAGAUCUCCCUGAGGAUCUCACACUGGCCGAUCUACAGGCGGAACUGGAUCUCACGACAGGCGUGCCACCCAAGAACCAAAAGGUUUUUUUGGGCAAGAAGGGUCUGGUCAAAAUCAGCGACAAAAACAGCUCGGAUCACGUGUUCAAGCUGAUUCCAGACGGAUCCAAAGUCAUGUUGAUUGGAUCGACGAUUUCGGCGCUUGGAAAACUCGAGGAGAUGGAAACCAGUGCUGCUCAGGAGGCCGCCAAGCUGAAGGCGCGACAGCGGCGAGAUCGGGAGCUAUACCGACGGAAAACCGGCAGAAAUACACCCCCUCCAGCUCCCUCAGAGUACUGUUUCGAUAAGAUUGUGCCUUUGGACUGGCUUCCCGAAAAGGAGCGUGCCCUGGAGCUGCUGACACGUCUGAGCAAGGACAGGGGUGUGAUUGCAGUGCUGCAAAAGUACAAGUGGCGAAUUGGUGUUCUCACAGAACUUGAUCCGGCUUCAAACACCAACAGUGAUCAUCAGGGAACAGAGAGAUUGCUGGGGUUGAACAGAAACAAGGGCCAGGUGAUUGAAUUGCGGCUACGAACAGAUAAUUACCAGGGAUGGAGAAACUACUACAACGUGCGAAACGUCUUGUGUCACGAGCUAGCUCACAAUGUGUACAGUGAUCAUGAUGACCAAUUUUGGCGGCUUUGCAAGCUUCUGGAGAAGGAGGUUGUUGAGCUUGACCCCUUUGGCAAGGAGGGAAACACUGUGGGAGGUACUGCUGUCUCCACAACAUCUGGACCGUACCAAGAGUGGCUGGAAAUGGACUCUGAUGAGGACGUUGGGGACUCUGGAGGCUGGCACGGAGGCACAUAUGUUCUUGGACGAGGACGCAACGAGGUACAGCAGGAAAAGGAGGACAAGAACAAGAGCAUCCGAGAGCUGUUGCAGCGAGCUGCUGAGAGAAGGCAGCAGGAGAAGGAGAAGGAAGGGGAGAAGAAGAAGUAG